AUGGUGGCCCUAAGUGUUAUCCACAAGGGUGCACCUAGCAGAAGGGAUGUCCUCAUUGUCUCAUCGACUGCUGCUGAACACGAAACUGAGGAGGGCAGAAGUCUGAGGGAGAAAGAGCAGUUUUAUGAAACUCUACAGGAAAUGACAGAAACAAUAAGACAUCACGAGAAUGUCAUUGUCAUGGGAGACAUGAAUGGACAUGUCGGACAGAAUAGAGAUGGAGUAGAGCACGUCAUCGGAGAGUUUAGCAUUGGCGAAAGGAACCAGGAGGGAGAAAGAAUAAUAGAUUAUUGUGUGAUGAAUAACAUGUCCAUUAUGAAUACUUAUUAUAAACAUCAGGAGAGCCAUAAAUGGACAUGGUAUCGGUGGAAUGCAGCACAACAAGGAUAUACUGAGAGGUCAAUGAUUGACCUGUUUCUCACCAACAAGAAAAACAUAUUUAAAGAUGUUAGGACCAUACCAUCUGUGUCCUUAGACUCUGACCACAGGUUGGUGGUGGCUAAAUUAAAAAUUGUAAAACCAAAGGAAAAAGUCAAGAAAAAGCAAAAGAGAUUCAAACUGGAAAACCUCAAGGACGAAGAGAAGAAGCAAGCACUGCGGCAACUGGUGCCUCACCAAAUGAAACUAGUGCGCGAAUAG